UUUCUUUGAUUUUUUUGGGUGAUUAAGUAGUGAUUAGGUAGAAGAAAUGCCUUCUUCCAUACUAAAUCAUCCACGCUGCUUUAGAAUCACACGCCAAACCCGCCAACCAUUUCCUGAAUCAGUCACGUGGUAUGGCGGGUUCGCGAGGCUUCGAACGUCACCGAAACCACGAUACUGAAGGACGCAUCACCACAGCGGAGACCUGCAGGACGAUGGAGAACCAGAACCCGGACCGCAGGAGCCAAACAGCAGCCUCGUGCUCUGAUAGCGCCGAUGUUCAGAGUAGGAGAAGAAGAGAUGGACUCAAACGUCACCACUGUCAGCACUGUGACAAAUCCUUUACAACAUCUGUAAAUUUAAGGAUUCAUCAGAGAGUUCACACUGGAGAGAAACCGUACGGCUGUGACCAGUGUGGGAAAACCUUCUCUCAAUCAGGUAACCUGAAAAUCCACCAGCGUGUUCACAUGGGAGUGAAACCGUACUGGUGUGACCAGUGUGGGAAAACUUUCACUACAUCAGAUCACCUUAAAAUCCACCAACGUGUUCACACUGGAGAGAAACCGUACAGCUGUGACCAGUGUGGCAAAGCUUUCAUUACAUCAGAUCACCUGAAAAUCCACCAACGUGUUCACACUGGAGAGAAAUCAUACUGGUGUGAUCAGUGUGGAAAAACUUUCACUACAUUAGGUACCCUAAAAAUCCACCAACGUGUUCACACUGGAGAGAAAUCAUACUGGUGUGAACAGUGUGGAAAAACUUUCACUACAUUAGGUACCCUAAAAAUCCACCAACGUGUUCACACUGGAGAGAAACCGUACGGCUGUGACCAGUGUGGGAAAACCUUCUCUCAAUCAGGUAACCUGAAAAUCCACCAGCGUGUUCACACGGGAGUGAAACCGUACUGGUGUGACCAGUGUGGGAAAACUUUCACUACAUCAGAUCACCUGAAAAUCCACCAACGUGUUCACACUGGAGUGAAACCGUACUGGUGUGACCAGUGUGGGAAAACUUUCAUUACAUCAGAUCACCUGAAAAUCCACCAACGUGUUCACACUGGAGAGAAAUCAUACUGGUGUGAACAGUGUGGAAAAACUUUCACUACAUUAGGUACCCUAAAAAUCCACCAACGUGUUCACACUGGAGAGAAAUCAUACUGGUGUGAACAGUGUGGAAAAACUUUCACUAUAUUAGGUACCCUAAAAAUCCACCAACGUGUUCACACUGGAGAGAAAUCAUACUGGUGUGAACAGUGUGGUAAAACUUUUACAACAUCAGGUGCCCUUAAAAUCCAUCAACGUGUUCACACUGGAGAGAAACCUCACUGGUGUGAACAGUGUGGAAAAACUUUCUCUACAUCAGGUCACCUAAAAAUCCAUCAACGUGUUCACACUGGAGAGAAACCGUACUGGUGUGAACAAUGUGGAAAAACUUUCACUACAUCAGGUCACCUAAAAAUCCACCAACGUGUUCACUAGAGAUGGGGAUCGAGACCCUGUUUCAAAAUUUUUCAAAACCCAAAAAUCAAGAAGGUUCGAGCUUAUCGAUACAGUUAUCGAGACUUCUAGGUCCUAUGAUGUAAUAUUAUGUCUCGAG